ACUUGAUCAGAUCGAUCAUGGCUUCCAAGGCUGCAUCAUCAACUGCCCUUCUCCUUAUGCUCAACAUCCUUUUCUUCACUUUGAUCUCGUCUACCUAUUGCCCACCACCACCACCAAAGUGUAGCCAUUGCAAACCAUCACCAUCACCACCAAAGUCGCCUAAGCCACCACCAAAGUCACCACCAAGUUCAUCUACUAGUUGCCCUAUAGACACCCUUAAGAUUGGUGUUUGUGCCAACGUGCUGAAGAGCUUGCUCAACAUAUCUUUGGGAAUCCCAACCACUUCCUCUUGCUGCAGUCUCAUCCAGAAUCUGGUUGAUCUUGAUGCGGCUGUUUGCCUUUGCACUGCCAUCAAGGCCAAUAUCUUGGGCAUUAACCUUAACAUCCCCAUUGCCUUGAGCUUGCUAUUGAAUUACUGCGGAAAGAACGUUCCAUCCGGCUACCAGUGCUCUUAGGCGUGUGUGUGCCACCUUAUUAUAGUUAUGCUUUAGCUUUCUUCUUUUUUUU